UGCCAGGUCCGCCUGUCAGGCUGCCGGCGGGAGUCUGGCUAUGCCUAAGGACCAGGCAACAAACGACUUCCUGCGCAACCAGCUGACCAGGUACCCUAGUGGCUCGGACGCCUGGUUCGGCCUGACAGACCUGGCGCAGGAGGGAACCUGGGUGUGGGAGGACGGGACGCCGCUCACCGGCUGGAGCAACUGGGCACCAGGGGAACCUAACGGUGGCUCUGCUGAGAACUGUGCCCAUUGGCACGGUUCGUAUGGCUACAAGUGGAACGAUCGGAGAUGCUCUCAUAGUCAGUAUUAUGUAUGUGAAGUUAGUGCGGCCGUUCCCUAGCCUCAAAAAACGCCAAGUCACUGGUCAUAACCUACAGCAAGUAAGGAGAUUGAAGUUUGUCAGCUGGGUGUGAUUUAGUCCUACCUAUACAAAACCAUUUUCUCUUUGUGAUGAUAUAAGGACUUUCGUAGUGAAUUUAUUCUACCUGUUCACCAAGCUAUCAAAGUGUACCUGUA